AUGGAGGUGAACUCUACGUUAGCCAAGAGGCUAUGGAGUUUGUUGAGGGUGGCCUUCUUCAUGAUCAGAAAGGGAUUGGUUUCAAAGAGAAAGUUGAUAAUGGACAUGAAUCUCAUGAUGAAGAGAGGAAAGCUUCUAAGAAAUCCUUUCAGCAAUCUCUUAUCCCACCACCACCAUCGCAGUAGCUUUGGCGCGGAGGAGUACGAGUUCUCUUGCAGCAACAGUCCAAAUCCUGUAUUCUUCCACAUGCCAAAGCGUAAACACCAUUACUUUCCUUGCAUUAAUCUCCCUGAGGUCACCGGAGAAGAAGAAGAAGAUGCUAAUAAUGCAGCAGCUGUAAUGGCGAUGGUGCCAAAGACUCCUGAUGAGUAUACCUUUAACUUUGCUCCAAGAGAGAAGCAUAGCCCUCUCCCAUCACCUUUAUCUGUAAGAAUAUCGAACUAUUCAUCACAAGAUGAGAAUGAUAAUGAAUUAAGUGGACAGGUAGAUGACGAAGCUGAGGAAUUCAUUCGAAGGUUUUAUGAACAGCUUAGGUUGCAAAGUCGAAAGCAGUUGCUGCAAUAUCAGGACAGUAACUAA